CGCUCGGUGGCGUUUCUCCGCGCGCUCGGCUGGCGACCAUGGCGGCGCUCCGUUGCGCGCUGCUCUCCCUGCUCUCCGCCGCCGCCGCUGCCGUGUGGCCGCAGCCGCAGUCGCUGCUCCAGGCUGCCCAGGGCGGCUGCCGCCUCCGAGCCGGGAGCUUCCGCUUCGGCUAUGCCGACUCGUCGGCCGUGGGGCCCGGCUGCUCGGUGCUGGACGAGGCGUUCCGACGUUACUGGGCGCUGCUUUUCCUUCCCGGACUCGAAGACGCAGGGAACGCCCACUCUGAGGACCCCUGUAAUGAGCUUCUUGUGAGUGUCGCCGAGCCAGGGUGUGAUGGCUACCCUUCGCUGGACUCCUCAGAGAGCUAUAAGCUGACCGUUUCAGAUGAGCAGAUGCUUCUGACAGCACAAACUGUAUGGGGAGCUCUCAGAGGGCUGGAGACCUUCAGCCAACUCGCCUGGAGAGACGAUUAUGGGGCGUUCCACAUAAACAAGACAGAUGUAGUCGACUUUCCCCGCUUUCCUCACCGAGGUCUGCUGCUUGAUACGUCACGCCAUUACUUGCCUUUGAGAGCAAUUCUGGAGACACUGGAUGCCAUGGCCUAUAACAAAUUCAACGUGUUCCACUGGCACAUUGUGGACGACCCAUCCUUUCCGUACGAGAGUGUGACAUUCCCAGAUCUCAGCCAAAAGGGAGCCUUCCACCCUACCACCCAUGUGUACACUGCCAGAGAUGUGAAGACAGUGCUUGAGUAUGCCCGGCUGCGUGGGAUCAGGGUGAUUUCCGAAUUUGACACGCCUGGCCAUACUCUCUCAUGGGGUCCAGGCAUCCCAGGCUUGUUGACUCCCUGCUAUGUGGGCCCAAAUCCCUCCAGAAGCUACGGGCCAGUCAACCCCAUCCUCAAUACAACUUACCAGUUCAUGGCCAAGUUUUUUGCCGAAGUCAGUUCUGUGUUUCCAGACUUCUACAUUCACCUGGGAGGAGAUGAGGUUGACUUCACAUGCUGGAAGUCCAAUCCAGAUGUCCAGGCGUUUAUGCAGAAGAUGGGGUUUGGCGAAGACUAUACCAAGCUGGAAUCAUUCUACAUCCAGAGGCUGCUGGAUAUAGUCUCCUCCUACCACAAAGGCUACGCGGUAUGGCAGGAAGUUUUUGAUAACGGAGUGAAGGUGAAGCCUGAUACCCUAAUACACGUGUGGAGAGAGAACGCGGGGACAUACCAAGCAGAGAUGGCUCGCGUCACCAAAGCCGGCUACCGGGCUCUUCUCUCUGCCCCCUGGUAUCUCAACCAUAUCUCUUAUGGACAGGAUUGGAUGGCGGUUCACCAGGUGGAGCCAUUGGCAUUUGAAGGCAGCCCAGAACAGAAGAAGCUGGUGAUUGGAGGAGAGGCCUGCAUGUGGGGUGAAUAUGUGGAUGUGACAAACUUAACCCCAAGACUCUGGCCUAGAGCUGGGGCUGUAGCAGAGAGACUCUGGAGCAACGCAACGGUCCGAGACCUGCAGGAUGCAUAUAGGAGGCUGGGAGACUUCCGGUGCACCCUCCUCAGGCGAGGAAUCCGGGCAGAGCCACUGUUUACAGGAUACUGUGACUAUGAAUACAAUGCCUUUUGACUUCUACACCCUCGUCCUGUUUUCUGCCAUAUCAGUAUGACCAUUGUAGGCAUGGAGAGGGUAGCACUGAUUUAGUACUAUUUUCAAUAAAAGGGGAAAUCAAUCCACCAUUGAUCUUGGGUCUUAGCAAAAAAGCCACACCACUUAAAAUAAGAAUGAUAAUAAAAAUCAGUUAAACAGA